UCCCCCGCCCUGCCCCGCUCCGCCUUCCCGGAGCGAGAAACCGAAAGAGACGCCCUCCCUCGCGCUCCGCUCGCUCCCCGCUUGGAAAUGUCCGGCUUUAGCUUGGAUCUGGGGCCCGCCAAGGAGCCGCUCGGCUUCAUCAAAUUCCUGCAGUGGAUAUUCUCCAUUUUUGCCUUCGCUACUUGUGGCGGAUACAGUGGGAAAACAUCUAUAUUGCUCACCUGCAAAAGUGGCCACAAUAUCACAUGGAGCAAGGAUUUCUUCUAUCCUUUCAGGUUGAACAAAAUUUCCUUUGGACCUCUGGAGCCAGGAAUAAAAUGCAACAAUACUUGGCCCUUGCCCAGCUACUUGGUGGGAGAUUUCUCCUCCUCGGCGGAGUUUUUCGUCACUUUUUCAGUUCUCGUGUUCCUGUACUGCAUCACAGCCUUAAUCCUGUACCUCGGUUACAUGCACCUGUAUCGAGGUGCUGGAAAACUCCCAUUGGUUGACUUCAUCUUAACAGUCAUCAUUACUUUCCUGUGGUUGGUGAGCACAUCGGCCUGGGCGAAGGCUCUUGUCGAUAUCAAAGCAUCCACCGGACCCAGCAUAGUUACCGGAACUGACUAUUGUACUACACAGCCUGGGUUUUGCCAUUUCAAUGAUAUCAGGAGGAUGGGAUCCUUGAAUGUGUCUGUGGUCGUUGGCUUCCUCAACCUGAUUCUGUGGGCUGGCAGCGCUUGGUUCGUCUACAAGGAAACCCACCUACAUAGUCCUCCCUCCAGCGCUUCUCCCAACGCAACCAGUUCCCAGUCUCCUCCAGGGAUGUGAAGGGCCUGAGAAGGCCUUGGAUGUGGAAAAACACGUCUCGCCUCAGGAUGAUCCUCACGGCUGUUCCCUCCCCUCCUCUCCCCUCCUCCAUUGUGUAAUUGAUGUGUGAAAAAUGGAUGGGUUUCAUGUUUUGUUUUUGCUCCAAUGCCUGGGGCCAGAACCGAAAGUGACACCAUGCACAAGAGAGCCAUUACGCUGUGCAAAAGCUUGUUCUCUGCAUUGAAAAAAAAAGAGGCUUUUGCUGUCUCGGGUUCGAAGGCUCCCCCCCCCCAUGUUAAUAAUAAAAAGGUUGAGCGAGCAGCAUUUCAAUUGAUUGAAGGCAGCUGGUCUUGUGUGUGAUUAGAGUUGAGUUGUCCCGCUCGGUUAUGAAGUGCCACCUCUUUUAUCAGUGUAUGCUUCCUUCGAAGGACGUCGUCCUCCCCCCCGAAUUCAGUGGGGCUGACUGUCAAGUAAGCGUGCUUAGGAUCUCCCCUCCGGAUUCCCCAGAAGGGAGUUGCAUUUAAAGCGUCUGGUUUUGUACAGAUCUUGCCUGCUGUCCAGAAUGCAUAAAAUGCCUGGGCUUUGCAGUCCGUUUACGUGGAACUCCAAAUAACUCUUAACUUCCGCAUUCGUCUCUCUUGAAAGUUCUUUUAAAACUAGAAAACGUAGAAUGCUAGUAGUUGGUUUCCCUGCCAUAGUCCCCAUAGUCUCACCGGCAAAGACUUGGCUAACAUGGCACAACUUGAAGCUCCACAGCCCUUCCCUCCCUUGGUGCAGCUGUUUUAAAAGAGGCCACUUAAGUUGUCAUCCUGAAUGUUGUUGAAUAUUGUGAGACCCAUGGGCAGGAAUCUUCCAGAUUGUAUUUAAUUAGCUUUUUAAUGACACUUGAAUUCAGAUUAGAUUUCAGCCUGGCCUGGACUUCUCUGCUUCUUUUCACCAGCUGGAAGGGGGUUCUCCUCAAAUGUCAUUCACAAGCUUAUUUCCGUAGCGCGGAAAUAAUGGGUGCAACCUUAACGCAGGAAGGCAGACAAUUCUGCUGAUGAAUCCAGGGAACCUGCAGAAAGGUUUAUGUCUGUUCACGGCUCCCAAUUUGUUGAAAGGAAUCCUAAACAAAAAGUUUAAUUUCUAGUCCUUCUGGCAGUCAAGACAUCCUGUAGAAUAGAAUUAGGAUCAGCAUCACUCAAGGCUGUGAAUUUGUGCUUCUUCCUCUUAAAAAUACGUUCGAUCCAACCCAAAGCAAAAUCUAUAUGCCAAAGAAUUCAUGGCUUUAUGUUAAUUGUACAGAAGUGUGGGGGGGAAAAAUCACACCACGAAGGAGUUUGCAAUUGCUUAUUUUCUGUCAAGCGCCAGGAAAUUCAGGAGAUCCAGACAGUUCAAAUGGGUAUAAAGAUUUAUUGUAAGCUUGAGCUGUCUACAAGAAUCUGAACUACUAAGGACCAAGAGAAAUUAGCGGGAGAUAAGAAUAGAAGGAAUUCCAGUUGGGCUGGACUUAGAUCUCUUGUGGACAUGAAGGGACUGGAGACUGAUGACGUGUUUGAGCCUUCCCUCAGGCUCAGCCUGGCCAUCUCCUACAUUUUCUGGGUAAAUCUCUAUACAUUUUGUGCUUGCAGAAUUUGGUGUGGGGUUUGGGGUUCGUGGUUUUUCUGACAUAAUUUUCCAGAGAUCUUGGUUUCAAAACGGUCAUCCAAAUAUUUGGUCUUUUUUUUUUUUAAUUGGCUAGAAGUUGAGGUUCUGUUUGUCACGAUGUCAAAUACUAGAAACAGAGAGAUAGGAUCUCUGGAAGUGAAAAUGUAUCUUGCAUGGUUUUUAUUUUUUUAUUCUAACUACCGAUAGAAGAGAAUAUUUGUAGCUCAAGGUUGAAUUGUAAGAGUCCUUGGUGCUCUUUCAGCAUGAAGUUUUUUGUUUUUUUUUGUAGAUGUUUCAUUACCACACUAGGUAAUAUUAUCAGUGCAUUUAUGCUAACUUUUAUCAUUGCCAGUGUAUGAAUUUGCCCCAUUCACUGCUCUUUUGUUGCCUUGGUUGUUGUCUUUACUACCAACUUGCUUUGCCAAGGGUAUGUGAUUGUGAAAAUCCGCAAAAGUUUCCGAUUGCAAACUUACCUAAAGGACACGCGUGUGUUCAUUGGAUUGAUUCUUAAAGUAAUGGACAAUGCGAUCAGCCACGUAUCAAUUUUUCCUCUGAUUCCUAUUUGAGCCUAGAUCUUAGGGUGCUUGUAUGAGUUUUCUCAUUUGAAUAUAAUUUGCAUUUACUUUCUUUGUGGUCUUUAUUGGAUUUGCAAUUGCUCUCAUUGUAAGAUGUUGCGAUUAAACCUUCAAUUUUUAUAUUUUGUUAGGAAUAGCACCUAAUCUCCGCCCCCCACAGUCUAGCCCAGUGGUUCCCAACCUUUUUUGUGGCCAUGCCCCACCUAAGCACCUCUAAAAUUCUGAUGCCCCCCCCUCCCUGGUGACUGUUCUGUCCCCCUCGCCUCAGUCCGAGCGAUGACUUAAUUAGUCGGCAACUAUCAGCUUCUGGCAGCAAACUAGCAAGCGUCUGCCAAGUGUCUCUGUUAUCUCUCUUGAUGCCGAUGAGUUCAACCAGGAACAAACAGUACUUCAGCUCUAGUUAAGCAGUUGAUUUGCUUGCCACGAAGGGGUAUAGCAGCCCUUGCUGCUUUUAUAACGUGUGGGGUGUGGCUCCAUGACUCAGCACUUCCUAGGCCUGCCCCACCCUUGCUUCUGUUGUUCCGCCUCUCCUGCCUACAAAACCUAGGGUCCAGCCAGGCCUGAUUGCCAUCAGCCGGGUCUGGAGGCGUGGCCUGGGAGGGGAAAAGAGUCAGGGGACGGAGGCCUUGUUAUCUCCUCCACCUGGCCUGCCUCUGGCUCCUGGAGCUGAGCCAGGGAAGCCGGUGCUCCAGAAGUAAGUCCUGAUGGCCCUUCCCCCUCCCUUUCCAAGUCACUUUCUGGCAGGGGCCCCGGCUCGGGGGGGGGCGCAGACACAACAGUGACAUAUAAUUCUUACUUUACUCAAAAAAUGAACUCUACUCACAUGGAGGAAGCCUAAAAAGCCAUUAAUUUGGUUUAAACAAGGUUCAAAUUGCCCCCAUUAAAAAUCAAAUUGCCCCCCCUCCACCAUGGAUGUGGGCCUCACAUUGGAAACCACUGGUCUAUACUGUAAAAGAUCAACCUUUUGUAAAAUCCAUCUUAGUCUCAUAUCUCAGUGGGGAAAAAAACCACUGUUCUUAAUUUUACUGCAGGACAGCGAAAACUAGGACUACAAGCUUCGUUAUUUUAAAAAAAAAGUUUCAUCAACAUUGGGGAGAUUAUAGUUAAAAACCAGUGUCGUGUUCUCACUGUUAUACUUGUCUGGCUAUCUGUUUGAUCCUGGCUUGAGCAGGAUACUCAUAUGGGUGGAAGUGAGGGCGUAGAGAUUGGAUACCCAUUUGUCUGAACCGGUAUAGGGCAGAGGUCUUCAAACUUGGCAGCUUUAAGACUUGUGGACUUCAACUCCCAGAAUUCUCCAGCCAGCUAUGCUAUUCUGGGAGUUGAAGUCCACAAGUCUUAAAGCUGCCAAGUUUGAAGACCUCUGGUAUAAGGGUCUCUUGCUUGAGCAGAAGGUUGGACUAGAAAACCUCCAAGGUCCCUUCCAACUCUGUUAUUGUGUUAUGGCCACAGAAAGAGAAUUUAAAAUAAUAAGCUUUGGUUCUUUCCAUAAAAUUAAGGCUUUGGGCAUGACCUUUUCCAAUCCAUGGCGCCUCAUCUUUUUUGCUAGAGUAUAGAAUGAAUACGCAAGUGUUGAAUUUGUGGGCUUGGAAACCACAAGAAAAGGCCUCCAUUGCUGAGAGGAAGAAGGAGUUCUGAACCUCUUUUAGAAGUCAUACCUUAUUGCAGGUAGUCCUCACUUAGUGACCACAAGGGAGGUCAUUUCCAGCCUUCCUGGUAGAACAGACAAGGAAACAUAACCAGGAAAGCGAAUUCUACUUUAUUAUAAGGCUCCAUUAACAGAAUCUUGCAAGUCUGAAAGUACAACUCACCCGCCAUCUCUUUUACAGCUUAGGAAGUUAAGAAGGAACCUUUCUGAGUUUCUUUCUCUAUCCAUUAUGCAGCUGAGGGACCUACCUUCUUUUAUCUGAUUGUUCUCAAGGCUGCAUUUCUCCCCAGCCCAUCCCCUCUCCCAAAGUCACUCCCACACACCAUUACAUUUGCUAAGCGAAGCAUCAUGUGACGGCAAUGGGCUUACGAUGUCGCUUUCCGUUCGGCGGUUAAGCGAAACAUGACAUGAUGAACAACUUGCAAUUUUACCGCUGGCUUCUACUUAUUGGAAGCCGGCAGUGAAGUGCGCAGGUGACCGUGGGACACUGCAGCAGUUGUAGAUUCAAGGGCUGGUGUAAAGUGACUUUUUCAGUGCCGCUGAAACUUCAAAAGGUCUCUAAGCAGGAUAGUCAUUAAGUAAGAUCUACGUGUAAGUAAUCUUCCCUCACCCAUCCUAUGUUUUCCUGGAUACCUGCAAUUCAUUCUUUGGCCAGUUGGUGGUGCUGAAGGAAGUGGACGUUGACAACCUUGUUGGUCGUGACCCUCCUAACUGUGAAAACUGAUCUCUUCGCACUCAAAUCCUUGACCAACAUUGAAUGAAUCUUCUUGAGGGUUGGGUGAAAGUAUUCCAAAGAGACCAGAGGUGGGUUUCAGCUAUUGUUACCUCCGGUUCACUCGCCUAUGCACCUUCCGCACAUGCGCCCAGCCUCGAAAACAUGGCUAAAUACGACAGUAUAGAGCUGGGGCAGGUUGGCGGGGCCAUUUGCGAUCUCCACUACCGGUUCGCGUGAACCGGUCUGAACCUGCUGAAUACUACCCUUUGGCCUAAAUUUGAAAGGCAGAUACCAACGGGUGGGUGAAAUUGCAUCUCCUAUUACAUUGCAGACGUGAGGGGACGUUUAGAAUCUUGGUCUGCUCUAGGACAAUAUUUUUCAACCUUGGCAACUUCAAGAUGAAUGGUCGUCAAUUCCUGGCUGAGGAAUUCAGGGAAUUGAAGUCCACUCAUCUUAAAAAGUUGCUCAGGUUGACAGAAACACCGAUCUAGGAUGUCGGGUUGACUUUCCUUCCCAUAAUUCCCCUAGGAGUCCUCCCGUUGCAGCCCUUUUCAGGGCCAGGGAUUAUGGGAAUGUCAAAAUUAUAACUGGCUCGUCCUCUUUUCAGCUAAUUCCAUCUUCUGCUCUGUUUGUUAAAAUACCUUGCAGUUUUUCUACCACCAAAUGGAAAUGACCCCCCCCCCCAAAAAAGUGCUAGUUACGACUCAGUCUAUAGAGCAAAAGCUAACCAUGAGAGAGACUUUCCCAUCUAGAUUCAGGUCUCGUACAGGCAGUUCAGACACUGGAUGCAAUUAAAAUCCCAUUUAGCUGUGCGGAUUUGCUGCUUCUUUCCUUGAAAUGCUGAAAGCAAGAAUAUUUGGAAGGAAAAUAAUGCUUCAAUAAAAUAGAGCUUUCUCUACUGUAUAUUUUAAUCACUUGAUAAGCAGAGCCCUCUCCAAAAUCCUUGUAACACAAAUAAAAGCUCAUUUUACAGUAGUGGCCAAAAUUGUGGAAACCUUUUGGAAAAAGUGUAUUUUCUAAAAUUAGCUAAUAACACCACUUUUUUUUUUUUUGCAGUAGUACCAUAAAAUUAUAUAUCAAUGGAAAGAUCAUUUAAUCGAAUGUAAUGCAAUAACUUUCAUGAAGGAUUUGCUAUUAGAAUAGCAGUUACAGUAUAAAAUUAAAACUUACAGUAUAAGUUUUAAUUUUAUGUAUCGAUGUUUUAUAUGCCUGUGAACCGCCCUGAGUCCUUUGGGAGAUAGGGCGGUAUAUAAAUUUAAAUAAUAAAUAAAUAAAUAAAUAAAUAAAGAAGAAAAGUGAAACGUAGAAAAAAAUGAGAUAUACAAAAAUUAUCACCACAGAAAAAAACAAAAUAUACAAAAAUGAUCACCAUGUCAGUUAAUACUUAGGUGGGUAAUCUUUAGCAUGAAUUACGGCCUUACAAUGUCUUCCCACAGAGUGAACCAAGUCUUUGAGUUCUGCAGCUGUUAUAAUGUGAAACCAAGAUUCCAUGAUUGCUUCUAUUAAAUGGGUUUUAUUGCUGGGUCGCUUCUGAGUAACAAAUUUUUUUAGUUGAGUCCAUAGAUUUUCAGUUGGGUUAAGGUCUGGCCUAUUCCCAGGCCAUUCCAGCAGUGGAAUAUGAUUAUCUUGAAACGCAAAAAAAAAGUUGUACUAUUAACCAUCAAACCUCCAAAAUACACUUUUCCCAAAAGGUUUCCAUAAGUUUGGCCACUACUGUAUAUAUUUUCCCUCCCCUGUAUAUAAAGCUGUCUGCCCUAUUCAGUCAUUUGCAGGGAAUUCCAUGUUUUGCAACUAUGGCCUUAUAUUCCUGAUCAGCUUGAACAAAUUUGGAAUUAUAGUUGAUGUGCCAAUAUAUGCGUUUUGCAUCUUGUUAUGUUGGAGACAGAGGCCAAAUGCUUUGUUACAUAUAUAUAUAUAUACAUAUAUAUAUUAAAGAAGUUCAUAUAUACCUUGAGAGUCCCCCCCCCCCGUCUCAUCCGAAUUAUUUGGAAAAUGUAUGUGUGUCUGCGCACAACUGGUUUAAUAAACAUACUUUGCUCACUGAUCAAA